AUGCCGCGCCCUAAUCCACAAACUGGUGAUGGAGCGGAUCUGCACUUCGAGACUACCGCGCGUCAUAACAAGAGUCGCAUUCCCAGUUCACGAUUGAAUACCGCUUGCGACACCGAUAGCUCAGCUGUAGCUUACACCCCACCAAGCUCUGAGCAACAGACGGCUUUGCCUCAUCGCAAGGUUGGACAUCCUAUGCCUUCUGGAUAUCCUCAUCUUGAGAACAAGGAUGAAGGCGCUCGCGAUCGUGUGGCUCGACACAUCACUGCCCUCAAGCUCGCGAAGAAUAAUAUAGACGCAGCUUUCGACAGCCAUUCGACAUCAUUGUCUGAGGUCAAUGAUCGUCCUUAUGGCCAGUCCCAGAAAUGGCCAGCACAGCAUAAAUGCGAUUCCGAUAUCUUCUCCCCAUAUGGAAACUCCAUGGUGAGCAUUUCCCGCCCCCACAAGCUUGGUGGCACUGCUGACAGAAUCAAGCUCAGAGACCAGUCCUACGGAUGGCAGAGCAAAGCCCGUGGAUUACAGGACGAAAUGCCACAAUGGGACCCCGACGCCCUCGGAAAAACUCUGGAAGACAACUCCCUGAGAGCCUCGUCCGGCGGAGGAGUUCUUAGACCACCCGCAGAUCUAUCUGGAGUAGCUACGGUACCUCUAUAUUCGAGCAACCCUGUGCGCGAUCACAUGCAUGCCUCGCUCACUCAAGGAAGCCGCACGGGCUUGACCGAUUUUCUCGAACAGGAACUUGCAAAGGCAAAGAAAGAGCUGGAGCGUGCCAAGAUCGUGGACGAAGGCCGACAUCCAGGCAUUCAGCUCAGCCCACGCCAAAAGGUGGAAGAGGGUCGUCUGGAACAAUCCUACCCGUACUUCACACCAGCUUUCUCUCCAACGCUUAUGACGUUCAAUCAAGUGCGCGUACAGAGGAACAACCAGCAAUACACCGAACCUAUUUCGCCUUCACUCCAGCACGAGCAACUUGUCCAUGCUCCCAGCGACAACAUCGUCUGGGAUCUCGAAACUGAGUACCAUGGACUAGGUUCUCCAUUGGCUGACCCCUGUGGUAGUGGGGAGUGCGGUGGAUGUGAUAAAAUGGCAGAAGCUAUGUACCACGCCUCUGGCGUUGAGUCCAUGCGACAUAUGCUAGGAGCCUGGCAAUCCGAGACAUGCCUUGCAUCGACUACUCAGGACACCGAAAGCCACGCAGAUUCGUCUGGCGAUGCAGGUUCUGGAUCUGGUGGCAAUCUUGCGAGUAAAUGCCGCGGAUGCCGGAGCGGUUGUGAUGCUUGCUGCCCCAUCGGUGUCGAGAAGUUGAGCUUUGAUGACGACUACGACAGCGGCUAUGGUCGAGAUUUGGAUGCGGCGUGCGGAGAUUCCUGGGGAGGCGCAUCGGGGCUCAAACUUGGUGAGGAUCGCGACGACCUGGGAGGUGGUUGGGGAAUCUUUUCGGACAUGACGCCCGCCCGUCCUGGAUCGAGUCCAGAGCCGCCAUUUUGGGCCUUUCCUGUACCACGGACCACAACUGGAUGUAGAUGGUCUGAAGCAGAUGAUAUUCCCAAGGAGGAUGAGCGUGAAUGUACUAGCACUCCUGCCAUCCAUGCUACCUCGACAAAAGGCUACACCGUAACCUACUGGGCUACCAUCGAGUCGGACGAUCAGACUGUCCACAUUCCUAUCGAAAAUAACAGCGUCUCGGGACCCGAGAAAGCUGUUCUUGAAGGACCCGCAAAGACUGUCUGGAAAUGGAUCCAGGAGAAGGGGCUGGGUGACAAGGUCGGACUACAAGACGUUUUCGAUCUGGCCAAGGAUAUCCACAUUGGUGUAGAGGAUACAGCCACUCUUGUGACUGACCAGAAACAUGGUCACGAUGAUUGCCCUUCGCAUCAAGAACCGAAGUGCUGGGAAGCUCCGGCUUCUUUGAGACCAUCGGGCGAUUCGCGUGACGACUGCGGCGAAUUAUCAGCACAUUGUCGAUGCCGUACCACUGGAUAUUCCCAAGACGGCUGGGGAGGUUAG